UUAGUCAAAAGCCGAUCGCGAUCCUCGCGUGACCACGCGUGAAUUUGCUCGCCGGUGUGUUUCAUCGAUCAGUCAGUUACGUCCCGGGUUUUAUUAUUUCUUGGUCGAACUCGUGCCGGAUUCUGGUCGCCAACGCUCCGGGUGACACCCAGGUGUAAAUAAACACACCGCUUCCCUUUGUUCUGUCUCUCGAAACGUUCCAAGUGUGCGCGAGUGUCGUGUGUGUCAUAGUCUUUUUGAGUGCGUGUAUAUAUUCCUCAUUUGAGACAAAUUUCGAGAAGCACAUUCAAAAGGAUUUCAUCCACACGAUAUGUCGAGUCCGAGAGGAUCCGUUCGCGAUGGCACAAGAGUCGUACUGAAAGAAAUAACUGCAACGCUUCACAAUUCACCACCGAUUCAUCCUACUCGACGAAAGAGCGGCAACGACAGUCCCAAGACAGGAGAGCAUGAGGUGAAGGUGCGCUUCGCCCGCGAAUUCGCCGACGUAGGCUCGAUCAGGGAGAAUCUCUGCUCCGCGCCGGAGAGUCUCUCGUCCGCGAGCAGCUUCCACAGCCUCAGCAGCACCCUCAGCACGAAGAGCAGCAGCGGCAUAUGUCCGGAUUCGACCCUCGACGACAUCGCGGACACCUCUUACGUCAACUCCAACAUACCCGGCCUCGAGGAUCUGAUCGCCGCGUGCGCGGACAUCCACUUGGAAAGUGACGCUGUUCAGGAUCUCAGCCAGGACCAGACCUUCGCGUCGGCUACGGACGAGACGCCGUUCCACGCGAGCGAUUCUUCCCUGAACGAGGAUCUGCCGGACAACACCGCCGGCGACGAGACGCAAGUGCUCGAGACAACGAGUCCUUCGGAAUCGCACGAGACUACUCAGGUGAUCUUGAAUCAGACGGAUACUCUUGGACCGUCCGAGGCCACGCUUCCUAUUCAAGAGCAGCUCGUGGCUCCUCCUCCGGAAGAGGAAUCGAUCGAUAAAUGUAUCCCAUCGCGAGAGAGCGAUAAUAUAUCAGCUAGUGAUGUUAUAGAGGACUCGCUGCCGACGAAUAAUAAUGCGGAUGUAACAACAGUCAUAGUUUCGUCCGACGAUUCGAUCCCCAACGCGAUCGGAUUCGGUGAAGAACAGAAGGUAGAGAACAGUCGCGACGUUGAGAUAUUGGAAAAUCCGAUAUCGAGUCCUGUCGAAGUUUCUGUUCCGUCCAUAGCUUCAUUGACGCAAUAUGUGGAGGGUCCUUCGUUACCCAAUAUAUCCAGCAUAACGUUAUCUUUAGAAGAGACCGAUUGUAAGUCGAAGGAAAAUAAUGCGCAGGAUUUAUCAAAAUCUGGACAAGAGACAUUAACAGAAUUAUCGCCUUCCGACGAUACCCAUGAAAAAUUGAGUGUAUCAUCGGAAAUAAAUACAAAUAGUUGUCCUGUUGCUCAACCGGAAGAAAAGAAGAUUAUCGAGCAAGGUUCCUUACGAUUGGAUAACUGUGUCGUGUCAGAUAACCAAGAAGACGGUAAACAGCUGAACAAAACCAAUAUUAUAGAACCAAAAAUAUUGGAAGUUAAGGAAAACCUGCAGACUAAUGUCGAUGGACAAGAUUUAGAAAUAACGAAUAGCGCAAUAUUGAAUAAAACGCAGACUUUUUCACCCGAAAAGGAAAUAUGCAACGAGACUCGUAUUAUAGAAAAACCGUGUAAUCCAUCGGAAACUGUAAUUAUUGUAAAAGAAGAAAACAGCGCGGUUUCGACGGGUGCUAUUAAAAAGGGGAGCAUCGAAGAGGAUCUCGAUCGUACCCUUACGUUGCAAGAAGUAGACGAGAACUUUGCAUCAGACGAGGAACAGUACCAAGGAUUUAAGCCUCAACGGCAAAGCACCACGUUGUCAUUAAUCAACGAACAACCGGAUUUCGAAGGAUUUGGAUUCACAGCGGAAAGGAUCACUGAUGAGUUGCUCAAUCCUUCGCAGGGAUUUGCGGAAGAGACAGAUCAGUUUAUCAGCGCGACGGAUGAAAUUUUCCAAGAUCCUUCGACAUUCGACUUCUUGUUAGCGCGAAGCAAUUCUAAGCAUACGGAUCGCCUUAGAGCGGAAUCUUUGUACAUUAAAUUCGACCCAUUGAUAUCGAAUAUAAGCAUGUUGCCUCAAGGUAACGUCGCCCCACCUAUAAACGAGGAACAAAAUGGCAAGAGCGAAUCGCCACUUCCUGAUGUUGGUACACCAAAACGUAAUCCUGCCAUAGCAGCUAUAGAUAGGUUGCUUUUUUAUAGUCCUCUUUCCAGCGGAACGGUGCAAAAGUCAGAAGAAGCUCAAGAGAAAAAUGAGCAACCAGUAGACGAGCCUAAAUCCGACGCACCACUUAUCGCCGAUAUAGACAUGAGUAAGGAACUUGAAGUUGUGAGAACGACGGUACUACAAUUAGAAGAGGAACUAGAGAAGCAGAAAAAGGACCACGAAGCAGAGCUGGAAAGACAGAAGACAGCUUUUCAGGAGAAAAUUAAUAAACUGCAGUCACAAAUGGCACAAGAAGUGAAAACCAAAACGCAAAUGACAGUUGUUGUGGAGGAAUAUGAGAAAUCGAUUAGCAGAUUACUCACAGAGCGGGAAAGAGAUCGCACGAACUUCGAGCAAGAAAAGGCGAAGCUGCAAGAAGAGUUACAAGCUGCAAAUCACCAUUUAACUAACACGGAAGCGGCGUUUAACGACGUACAUCAAAAGUACGAAAGACUCAAAGGAGUCGUGUCGGUGUACAAAAAUAACGAAGCUGUAUUAAAAGAAAGUAUUCAGGAAAAUGUAGAUACUAUAAAGACGUUGGAAACGCGAUACGAUCAACUGAAGGAGCACGCGAUGACCCAAUUGGAGAAAGCAAACCUGGAGUUGGACGGAAUACGAAAGCAAAACGAAGCAGAAACAGUGAAGCUGCAUGCGAUGAUAAGAAAAGCAGAAUUGAAGAGUAACUCGCUCGCCGAACUUGUGGAGCAAAAAACUAAGGAGAACAAAGAACUGGCAAAGAUCUUGGACGAGGUUAUCGCCAGGGUUGGGCAUGGAAACUCUGAAUGAAAAUAAGAAUAGACUAAUCGCGCUACGUAUCGUGGAUUGUGAUGCGAUCAGUCUUUUAGUGUUUUCAAGUGAACGGAUUUUGAUCCAUCCCGGAUCAAUUAAUUACUAUUUUACUAUGAAUUCGAAUCUUUUAUUGCCAGAGAUGAUGCACGUCAUUAAUCAAUCUUGGAUCGAUCAAAAUCAGUUUUUAAUUUUUAAUCGCGAAAACACUAUAUCUUAAAUAUACACAUAUUUUAGAUAUAUGACGGAUUAGAUAUAACAUACAUGUAUACAUGCGUUAACUGGAUAAAGUUAUUACGCAAGUUAUUGCAGGUUGCGUUUUACUUCACAAAGGGAAAGCGCCUUUUUAAUUAAUUAUUUAUAUAUAAGUUGUGAAAGAUAAUUUUAAGAAAGACUAUUUUAAAGCUAAUAAAACACUAUGCUUAUUUAAAAAAAAACACAUUUUUAUAUAUAUUAUAUAUAUAUAUAUAUAUGUAUAUAAGAUAAAAAUGAUUUAAUACCCUGCAAAUAGCGGUGUAACAACAUACAAUCCCAUUUUUAAAUGUUACAUUAUUAUUAUUAUUAUUAUAACACGUCUUGUCUUCUCAUGUUAUUUAAAUUAUAUAAAAGUCAGUGUAUAUAAACAUACGUCGCGGGUAAAAGAUAUAAUAAGCACCCAUAUAUUGGUCAUUUUAAUGAUGUCCUGUUCAUCAGAAAGUGUUGGUGUGAUUCUCUUUUUGACUAAUUGUGUUAUCAAUGAGUACUGUCAAUCCAUUGGCCUAGUAUCGAUGAGAAGGAGUACAUGUUGUUUGGCCAAUUUCAACAUGCGAUCUGUUGUGCUACCAGGUUUUCGUGGAAUAUUCCUAUUUUCGAGAUCGGGCAUGUAUUUUUUUAUUAUGCGCGCUAAACUCGCGGCAUAUUGCUUAAAUUUCGGAUGAUUCAUACCAAUGCCUUUGUAUCGUAGAGCCUCUGCGACUGCCCAAAGUAAUUUCUGAAAAUAAAUACAUAUAUAUAUAUGUA